CAUUAAAACGACUGAUAGGAUAUACGGUACGAGAAAACAAAUAGAUAAUAUAGUUUGAUUUUAAAAACGUAUCAUUUGUUUUCUAGCUCCCACGAUGAGAGCAAUGCCUCCUAUGCUAAAUAAAGAUGGUGCAAUGCCCUUUUACAAGAAUUUAACUGUCCUCCUUCCUGUUGUGAUAUCUGUUAUUGUGCUUCUUAUUGUCAUAAUCACCGUAAUCGUUUGUUUACGUCGCCAAACGGAUGAUAGCAGCAGAGGAAGUAGCGGAGAUGGUCAAGGUAGAAAAGAACGGAACAGUGAUCAAAUGGGAUUGACAGAAUUUUCUCAAAAAGGCUUAAAAGACAACGAUCCCUAUGGCAAGACUUGGUAUUAUUCUUCACCCAAGAGAAAGCUUGGUGUCGAAUCCAGUUUGCAUCGCAACGGUUCUGAAGAAAACCACGAAUAUGCGGAACCAUAUGCCACUGUCCCAACGCCAAGAUCUCUGAUAGAAGAUUCUGAUUGCAGAAGUGUUCUUUCCUUAAUGGGAAAAAGCGAUGGUCAUUAUGCUACAGUAAAAAGAAGCCCUCCAAGAAUCGUUUCGAAUUUCUCUCUUGUAACAUCAGGCGAUGCAAGAAUUUCUAGGCAAGUGCCUUGCACCGACAGACAGGACAAUUCUGGAUCCAGCCAAUCUGCAGGUAGCGAAGGCAGGCCAAGUAGUUUGUCCAGUGAGGGUUAUAGGCCUUUUAGACAAGGUUCAAUAUCUAUUUUUCAAUAA